AUGGAGGCGGCUCUAGUGGACUUUGAGAGUCUGGACGACAUAGACAGAAGUCUGGAAGAUGAGCUGGGUAACCCAGACAACCCGGACGAGACCACAACUCUGACGGUCGACAUGCUCCACGAAAACUGCUCCAUCCACGGCUCCCACCACCUCCUUUCCCCUCAGCCCAACCUCACAUCCACUCCCCAGCACCACUACCUCUCCGAACACUCCUCCCACAGGAGGAAUACCUCCCCCUGCCCGUACCCCUCCCCCAAUACUCUGGAUGUGCCCCAAUCACCCGUCAUGCCACCCCACAGCAGGAGGGGGCGUCCUAGCUGUGCCAGCAUGAUCUCCAACUGGAAGUUGCUGCUGAGUAGCGAGACCCAUAUGCAGAGCGAGACCAUCUUCAGCCGGCUGGCUAAGGAGUGCUGCGAGGAUGUGUUCGUGGACAAGACAGGUCUAGACGACGGAGACCAGAAGGUCAUCAUCAACAUCGCCGGGCUACGCUUCGAGACACAGCUCAAAACCCUCGACCAGUUCCCUGAGACCCUUCUGGGGGACCCUAUGAAGAGGAUGGACUACUUUGACCCCAUGAGGAAUGAGUAUUUCUUCGACAGGAACCGGCCCAGCUUCGAUGGCAUCCUGUACUACUACCAGUCAGGAGGGAAGAUCCGUCGUCCGGCCAACGUUCCACUGGAUGUGUUUGCUGAUGAGAUCGUCUUCUAUGAGCUGGGGAGCGACGCCAUGGAGCAGUUCAGAGAGGACGAGGGCUUCAUCAAGGAAGUGGAGAUCCCUCUCCCGACCAACGAGAUAUACCGGCAGUUUUGGCUGCUGUUCGAGUACCCCGAGAGUUCCAACGCGGCACGCGGCGUGGCGCUGGUCUCCGUGUUUGUCAUCGUUAUCUCCAUCAUCAUCUUCUGUAUGGAGACGCUGCCGGAGUUCAGGGAUAACACCCUGGACCCCGUCCUACCCACCACCGUCACGCAUCUGAUGCCUUUCAAUGGGAACCUAUCGUUGGGCGGCCUCGGGUCCUUGUUCCCGCCCUCGCCCUCGGCCACACCCAAAACCAUCACCUCCACGUUCUCCGACCCGUUCUUCAUCAUUGAGACGGCCUGCAUCGUCUGGUUCUUCUUUGAGCUGGUUGUGCGCUUCGUGGUCUGUCCCUCCAAGAGCAACUUCUUCCACAACCUCAUGAACAUCAUCGACAUUGUCUCCAUCAUCCCGUACUUCGUCACCUUGGUAACAGAGCUGGUCACCACCCCGGACCAGAACUCCAGCCAGAACAUGUCCCUGGCCAUCCUUCGUAUCAUCCGCCUGGUCAGGGUAUUCAGGAUCUUCAAGCUGUCCAGACACUCCAAGGGGCUCCAGAUCCUGGGCCAGACCCUGAAGGCCAGCAUGCGGGAGCUGGGCCUGCUCAUCUUCUUCCUCUUCAUCGGAGUCAUCCUUUUCUCCAGUGCCAUCUACUUUGCUGAAGUGGACGAGCCCAGCACACAGUUCGUCAGCAUCCCUGAUGGCUUCUGGUGGGCCGUGGUCACCAUGACUACGGUGGGCUAUGGGGACAUGUGCCCGAUCACCAUGGGCGGUAAGAUGGUGGGGACGCUGUGCGCCAUCGCUGGCGUGCUGACCAUCGCCCUACCCGUCCCCGUCAUCGUGUCCAACUUCAACUACUUCUACCAUCGGGAGACGGAGGCAGAGGACAAGCAGCCGAUGGCUGACGCAGCAGACCUGGCCAUGAAGGCCUCAGGAGAGAGUAAACAUGGGAGUAGCACCUCUCUGAACAAGACCAACGGGACCUGGCAGGGUGACAAGUUCACCGGCCUCUGA